GGUAAGGCUACGUAGUGGCUGCAAAUGAGAUCCUUACAGUCAGCUUAGCUGCUUUUAUAGCACCUCAUAAUCUUUGGUCGCAUGGCUGAAACGCUCCUGGCAAUUUUGCUCGUGACCUCGUCAGCCAAGGGGCCAAACGUUGUCUAUCGGUGGCCACCGUCUGUGGAGAGUACUAGUAGACCCAGACUCUCCCGUCCGCGUCCACCUCUUGAUGCUCUCGAGUUAGAUAACCCUUGGCGUGCAGCACAUUACUCAGAUAAUCCAAAUGGCUUGCCCGAAACUCACAUGCAGGGUACCGUAGAUGAAAUAGAUGACUACACUUGGAGGAGACCCACUGAGAGUCGCGACAGAUCCAUGUCUUUCUCGCGUUCCACUCUCCCGGCAUCAGGCCGCGACUCUCCUUGCAACGAAGAGCGAAGAGAAUUCGACCCCGUCGCGAACGAAUACCAAUAUUUGUUCAACUACACUGCCCAAUUCCUGGCUGGAAUGCUAUGUCCUCAGAGACAUCUGUGCCACCAGAAGUUUGGGCUUGUCAUUGAUAAUCUCGUCUUCAUUGGGCACCCUGUCUUCGCGGAACCCGAUGGCAUGUGGCGCUUCAAGCCAGAGAGAUACAAACCUGGGUCACGAGGUCGGGGGUCUCGACAUCGGGAAUCCAGUUUACCAGAAAAAGAUAGCUUUGAAGUCUCUCUGGGUGGAGAUAUACGCUCUACCACGACGGCCAAAAGCUCCUGGUUGCACAUGUUUCAUAUUGUGCUUGUGCUCGACCUACCAGACCCGUCAUCAUCAGCCUCGGGCAAUAUUGCGAGGUAUUUCGACACGAUCUACGAGCAAAUUGCGUUCACAGUCACUGCUGUGCUCUUUCAAGAACAAGUCCUGUCGAACUUUGUAGAAAUGGAGUGCGAUGCCAUUGGUUCGCUUGAAACCGAGUAUAUGGUAAAAGGAGAGCGUUUCUCUGACUUUGCAUCGCACGCACAACGAGUGUCAUCCAUUGCGACUGCAAUGAAAAUUCUCUAUGACGCUAUCAAGUCAUCUAACAUGGCCCAUAUCACUCUCAACGAUCUCCCCCUUGAACUGCAGCUCCCGCCUUAUCUGGAUCACUUACUGCACAGCGAAGAGGAAUUUGAACCUGAAUUCAUAGGUCGUCUUGAGAAUCAAACCGAUUCUCAGCUGUGGGGCCGCGAGCUCGGCUUUGGAUGGCGUCUGCCAGCCCUUGUGCCUUGGAAGAGCUUACUGCUUCUUGAUACUGACCAGGAACUGGAUCCGUACGUGAACUUGAGAGGGUCACACGUGCACGCCGACGAGAGAAGCUUGGCGGAGGGCCUGAUCAAGUUUCUUGAAACCGUUUCUGUCACAUUAUCACUUGCAGACAUGGCAAGUUUGCUUGACUGGGACCUACAUUCCCAGAUAUACCCCACUGUCCGUUGGCUGGUCCAUCAUCGACGAGCCAAGAUUGUUGACACAGUCCACAAUGGAUUGAAGACCAUCUUUUCGCUUGCUCCUAAGCUUGACAAACCGCUUUCCGUCCUUGCUACUGAAUUCAAACGUGAUUUCCCACAGCCAUCCAUUCCACCACUCCCUACGCUCAUGGCUACGAUCUCCAACUCCAACUCCAAGCAAGCAGAUAACCACUUUUUUGCAACGGUCGUGCAGUCCAAGGAUCUCAUAUCUCUAUAUCACGAAGUCGUGCUUUGGAUGUUGAAACGCGACCUCCUUAUCACACUGCAUCUGCACGUGCGCGUGGUGACGACUGCUGAGCUCAAAGUUAGCGUCCGACAAGCGCACGAACGGAAGUUGGAGCAACGGGCUAGUAACCAUCUCAGCGAGCGCCGGAGAAGCAGCCGCAGGGGCGACCAUGGCGCGGGUGAUGCACACGAGCAUCCACGAGGAAGCAUGCCUUGGUUGUCACUUUCGCCCAAGGCUACUAGGCGAUACUCGAGACGGUCUAUGGAUUCGGGGCAGAGCAAGCCAAGCGAUGCAUCAGGGUCGAUCCUGCUUGAGGAUCCUGAAGACGUCUUCGAGGAAAUAUCUGACGAAGAUUCAGGAGAGGAGAAUAUUGGUUGGGGAUCGUCUGAGGACACCCUUGAGCCUUCGAUGAUUAGCGAUCCUGGAACAGCGAGCCCGUUGGAGCGCAAGUGGUUAGCAGCCAUGUCGGAGGGAAAGGAUGAAUAUAUUGCACGACGAUUUGCACUAAUUAACCAGUACUUUGACGGUAAGCGAACGGACGACGAGAUCCUCUACACAGCAGAAAUAUCGCGCAAGCAGCUUCGAGAGGUGCUGCAUCAUUAUGAAGAAUACGUGGGUUACACAUUACGUUGAUUGCCCCACACUGAUGUGUUGCAUAGCUACAAACUUUCUUGCAUCCCGCAUGACCAUAUUGCGCGCGCCCCAUGACCUUCGUGCCACCGUAUCUGUCAAAUUCAGUGAUAUCAUCGAAGGUCGUGCUUACACAUAGUCCUUGUGGAGUAGUGGUGCUAGUCAUGUGAUAGAUCAUAGAAGGCAGAAGAGAACGAAGCUUGAAGCCAUCAGGGUUUCCUAAACCCACAAACUAUUAUGCAGAUGGUGUCGGACGCGGUAUACUUAUAUCUCUUCCUGAUCUAUGGAGGAGAGAGUUAUAGCGGUGUCGGCGGAGGGUUCGAACCAGACCCACCAACGUGUGCACGCGUCUCUUCUUGGAAUAAUGUGAGAAGAUUGAUAAAACAUCAUAACCUCUGCAGCAGUAAGCGCCAUUCCCGACUGUACAGUAGCAGCACGGUGCUAAACUCAAUUUCCUAUUUUCAACGCGUGAGAAGUUUCGACGGAAGUUCCAGUG